GCUUCUGCCUCCUGUCGCCCUGCCUGUUGUGCCGACCAAUCUGUCGGUCUGGCAGUCAGUCGGUCUGGUCCUGUCUGGUGCUGUGGCGUGCCGAGUACGGGCGCAGCCAAGUUCUCUGUUCCACCUCUCCUCUAGUCUGUUCCCACGGGGCAGGCAGAGCGACCACACAGCCGCGGCUAGAGGCGAGCGAUGAUACUGUUCCCCUCGCAUCUUACUCACUCUUAUGCAGCCGCCUGACUGCUUCACACACACACACACACCAACCGGUACCCACACCCGCGCGCAGGCUCCCCCCAAUCUCCAAUCUCGAUUUUACGAGAUCAUCUCACAAGCGUUCGGGCCAAGGGGAGUGGCCACCCAACCUCGACAGAGUGGUAUUCUGUAAUAAAACCCCGAGGCCUGCGCAGCCACUGGUUCGGUCGGGUAGCACCACAGUUGGGGGCCGCUAGGCUGACCACCUCACUCGCUGCUGGCUGCUCGCUGCUCGCAGGUAUCCCCCGGUACCGGGAAUGUCACUGUCACUGCUACUGUUGCUGUGACAGCUCUCAUCAGAACACAUCGUGACCGCAGACGUUGAGCCGGCAGGGGACGAGGGACGAGCUCCAAACGACAGGGGACCACACGCGCCGUACUGCUUGUACUGUACUCCGUACUGUCCACAGGACUCGACUCGACUCGAUCCGGCUCCGUACUCGCAAGCCACAGGGCGAGACAAGGGCAAACAACGCACAAGCAAGACACACAGACCGCACAACGGGCACCAGGCCUGUUCCACGUCGGCACCCCCUGCCGCUGUGCCCUGUUCCGCGGGCCUUCUGUUCUGUUCUGUUCCGUUUGACCUGGGUAUCCUGCGCUGCCCUACCCGGUUCCGGCCCAACGGUCUAGAAACGACACCACGCUAGAGUGUGAUCUGGGGUCGGACCGUGCUGAACCUUAUCUGGACCUAUCCGCUGGAACUUGCCCAAUCCGAAGCUGUAGAUCCGGGAUCACUGAGACUGCAACGGCACUGCUUUGCAUAUCGGACCACGUCCAGCAUUCUUGCCUGCACACACACGCGCUCAACAACGCACACCACUGGACCAACCCACGGCAGGCAUCCAGUUUUCCACAGUAUUUUCAUCCACUUACCCAGCCGGCGCUGACGUCGAAUUGGCCGCCUGGUAUCUGCUAGCAGCCAAGAAAUAGCGCUGCUUGACCUGCCUUCAGCCUGAAGCAGCUCCCCGCCCCACCAACCAGCGCCCCUGCAUCCGCCUUGGGCGGGAAUUGCUGUCUGCAGUCGAGCACGGUCAUGGUCCUGGCGUCUCCGCCCGCGGCGAGGCCAUCGCAGCCCGGCGACGGUGGCGGGCUAGCGGAUGCCUACGAGGAAACCCAUGUCCACGGCGUCUACGAGGCUAUCGCCUCGCAUUUCAGCGCGACGCGACACAAGCCAUGGCCCUUCGUGUCGUCUUUUCUGGCUUCGCGGCCACCGGGGUCCGUGGGCCUGGAUAUUGGCUGCGGUAAUGGCAAGAACAUGAGUGUGAACCGGGAUGUGGUCAUGUUGGGCUGCGACAGGAGCGCCGCCCUGGUGGCGCUCGCUAGAGACUCAAUGUGCACGGCACGCUAUCGGAAACAACAGCAGCAGCAGCAGCAGCAGCACGAUGGAGGCAAGGUGCCAGAUGCCGAGGCAGGUGCCGCGCUCUCAGGGGACAUCAUAGCAGGCGCGGACGCCGUAACGGCCGACAGCCUCUUGCUUCCUUUCAGGGAGGCUGGCGCCGAUUUCGUCAUCUGUAUCGCCGUGAUUCACCACCUGUCAACGAGGGAGAGGCGGGUCGAUGCCAUCAGGCAGCUCCUGCGCUGUGUGAGGCGGGGAGAGGGCGGCAGCACGUCAGCAGGGGUGACAACCCAGCCGCAUGAUGUGCAUGAUGCCGCAGGCGCCGCUAAGGGCGCUGCAGAUGCGCAGGGCUCGAGCUCGACCUCAGGCCAAGUACUCGUGUACGUCUGGGCGCUGGAGCAGAGCGGCAGCAGGAGGGGGUGGGCUGAAGGCGGAGAGCAGGACCUGCUGGUUCCUUGGGUGAUGAAGGCACCCCAGCAGAAGAAAGCAAAGGUGAAGGGCCAGAAGAAGCAGGACCGACGGAACAAGCAAGCCGAGGACGGCGCCGAGGCAGAAGAAGCAAAGACGCAGCAUGUUGACAGAUCAACAGUUCAACAUGGCGGGGCAAGCGGCGGUGAAGAAGGCGACUGGAAGUCGGACGGCGGGAAGCGGCAGCGGCAGCGGCAGCAGCAGCAGCACCGUUGCCAACAACCAGAGCAGAAGCGACAGCAUGCACAGGACGAAGCCGUUGCAGCCGACGCUACUGCAGAUCCGGGCACAGCCGAAAACGACGUGGCCGCCGGGAACGCGCAGCAGGCAGCUCACACCGACAAGACUUUCCACCGGUACUACCAUCUCUACAGAAAAGGCGAGCUGGAGGAAGAAGUUAUCGCCGCAGGGGGGUCGGUCCUGAGCAGCGGCUACGAACGAGACAAUUGGUGGGUCAUUGCAGGGUGAUGCAGCCAGAACCGAGUACCAAAAGGGGGAGAAGAGGAAAAAGACCACGAGAGACCAAAAAGAAAUGAGGAUGGGGCCCCCCUGGCGGACAACGGACAUGGACGGGAUCGAAACGGUUGACAGAAAACGAUCUAGGGAUCCAUCGAGGAUCCAUCUCAUCGCUUGCUUCUUUCUGAUCGGCGCGCGGGAGGUGUUUGAUGGUGAGAUACGUUGCGACUAUGCUGUCAGGCCAAAACUCUAUGCAAGCCUCUUUCUUCCCAACUAUUGCCCAUAGAGAACCGACACAUAUACGCACGUGCAAAUCUGACCUCGUGUCCUAGCUUGGGCCCAGAGUCCGGCGCGCGAUUCGAACUCAAGCCGGCAGUUGAGGCAAAUCGGCAGAUGGCGUAUUUAUUGUGUGGUCUGUAUGUAGUGAGGCCCUCCCCAGGGGACCCAGGAAGGGACACCGAGAAUAGGGGUUUCCACACUUUUCUACUCCGACCUCAGGUGCCGUGUUGGUAUCAAGUCUCAUCUUUCCCCGUCGUUUCAUUCCAUUUCCAUCCCAUCCACCGCUAUGCCCGGGGAUCGCUCAUGGGAGUCGGCCAAAAUGAAAGAAGAAAAAUAGAAGCAGCAUCAAAAAGGAAAAUGACAGGAAAAAAAUUGAGAAAGCCAUCUAUGCAAGGAGAUGACCGCUCUGGCCAGACCACUAUAGAGCUGCUUGGCCUGUCCUUGCGCCAUUCCCCACCACUCCCUGAUCCCAUCUUUCCCGCGGAUUAUGACCAAAUCACUCAUAAUCCCGAGCAAUAUUCAAAACCCGAGCGUGUCAGUGUGGUGUUUGCUAUGCCAGCGCUUCCUAGUCCAGAGGCCCCUUCCCCCACUUCGUCUCGUCCCUGGGCGCCCAUCAAGCUGAGAACCAUAUCACGCAAGGCGGCCGCUGAGGGAUCGGGGCUAG